UCAAUUAAAACCAACUUUGUGUAUUCUUAAAUACCUUAAUCUGAAAAUUUUUGGAGACAAAAAUGACAAAUUCAAAGCUAAGCCCGAAGAUGACGAACUUGAAGAUGCAAAGUCUGUAAAUAAUAUAUUAGCUUUAUGUUUAGAAGACAUUACU